UUUCUGUAGUCUUCCCUCUCCACCGACUUUCCUUGCACUUUAUUCCUACUAUUGCUCCCAAAACCACUGUAUCCGGUGGUAUUUAUCCUUUGUCAACCACCCCGGAUACUUGGAGCAGAGGACGACAAAAGAACAUCAAAGAAGAAGGGCAGACACUUGCUAGAUUCAACAUGGGAGAGACGCCAUUGGCUUCGCUCUCUCUGACCCACGUCCAUUAUAAUCCGGCCGAUCCUUUUUCCUUCCUUUCUGCCUGGCUCGCCCUCGUUCCGCAGGCACUAUGUGUGGCCUACGUCACUCUCCUCUGGGCUACGAGGGAAGCCGAGGUGCUCCUUAUGUUUGCUGGGCAGAUGGGCUGUGAGGCAUUGAAUUUUGUGCUGAAACGUAUUAUCAAGGAGGAGCGCCCAAAGCAGAUGUUCGGCAAAGGUUACGGCAUGCCAUCGUCCCAUGCUCAGUUUGUCGCUUACUUCGCCGUUUAUCUGUCGCUGUUUCUCCUCUUCCGACACGCUCCCACUCUGCCCCAUUCAGACGCGAAACUCCACUUCUUCCUCCGACUAAUACUUUCUGUGGGACUAUGCUGCGGUGCCGGAAUGGUAGCUAUCAGUCGGAUCUACUUGAACUAUCAUACUCCGAGGCAGGUCCUCGCAGGCUGCGGUGUCGGUAUCGGGUGUGCAGUUGCUUGGUUUCUCGUGACGGAGAUGCUUCGAACACAUGGUUGGAUAGACUGGGCGCUAGACCUGUCAAUACCCAGACUUUUGAGAAUACGGGAUUUGGUGGUAAGUGAAGAACUCGACGAAGCCGGGUGGUAUCGGUGGGAAUCGAAGCGGAAGUUGAAACGUCAAGGACACAGGGAUCAUCUGUCCCGUAAAUCAGAUUAAACACCGUUUCGACGGCCCCCGGCAUUUGUCGCCUUCGAAGGCCGGAGAGUCAGGGCCAAGAGCUUGUACAUGAUUGAGCUUCUGUGAUACCCCGUACCUGAUUAUUCUUAAGCCGUUGCUAUAGACACAUAUAUAUUCCC